AGUCACAGCCCAUUUGUGGCGACCUGAUAAGAGUUUGGGUGCGGCUUUUCUCUUACCUUGCCCUGUUGUCACCCCAGCGGAGAAAUGAGUGCUGAUGCCCUUGCGAGUUUCCGGUGUUAGGUUAUGUCUAUUGAUCAUGAUGUACUGUAACAAUGGAAUAACAGCUUCAGAUGACAAAUUCCUCCGUUUUAUAGUCCAAGAAGGUGAUCAAUGUGAACAACAUGCAAGAAAUGAAAGCCCAAGUGAUUCCUCUAGCAGAAUCUAUAAGGGAACCCAAAGCAACAGUACGAAUGAAGUUAAUAAUUGUAACAAAUCUACCAGUCAUUAUGGAAGUGGAUGUUUUCAGCUUGACCAUUCCAAUGACUUUCAUGCCACUGCUUCCAGAAGAGCUAGCAGCAAUAGCAGUAGUCCAGAACAGAAUAACUGUGAAAGUUCUCAGUUGUACAGUGACGACUUUCACACAGAUUCUUCUGAAACCAGGAGCAGCAGCAGGAGCAGGAGUAGUAGUCAUUUAGAUCAACCAGAAACCAAAACGGAGGAAUUACCAAAGAAGAAAAGGGGAAAUAAUCACCCAGCAAAAGGAGGAAAGAAGCCAGUUAUGAAGAAACAACAGCAAAAGACUUCUUUUGCCUAUGACACAGCUAGAAAUAUCCAGAAGAAGAGUAAUGUGGUUCACCGUAUAUUGUCAGCCAGACUUCUUAAAAUUAAGGACUUUAAAAAUGAACUGGGUGUUUUGAAGAGUAAGUUGGAAGAAUACAAUAUGGAAAACCAGUUUUUAAAGCGUCUCCAGUACCGACAUUUAAAAAUAAUAGCAAAAUAUGAAAUUGGAGAGGCGAACCUGCCCGAUCUGUUGGAAAAACACUGUCGAGAAGUGGGGACUCUAAGAGUGCUUCUCAGGAGGUCUCAGGAGAAGGAGCACAUUGCAUCUAGGAGGCUUAGAGAAACGGAAGUACAACUGCUGAAGACAAAAGACGCUUUCCACAUACUGCAAAAACUUUGUGAAGACAAGGAUCUUGCUGAGAGAAGGGAACUGCAGUGCAGAGUAACAGCCCUUACUGAAAGAAUUGAAGCCAGUGAUAAGAGAAUCCAGGUAACACUCAGUCCAGAAUAUACAUGUGAAAAUUCUCCAUUUUAUUGCGUCUUUUGUUCAUUUUUCAAAAAAUUAAUGCUUUUCAUUAUUAAUUUUACCAUUAUAGGUGUUUAUAUAUGCAAAGCAGUACAAACAGAUAACAGUUUUAAAGUGGAAACAAUGACUCCACUUCAAAAGCGUGAGGUCGAGAAAAGUACAGUUUUAAAAGAGGAGAAGACAACACAAGAUUCAAAAGAAAAGCUAUGUGGUAUGCAUGAACAGAACGAACUAAAAUCAGAAGUUCAUCAAAUUGAAAAAUUGCCAAAACAAGAAGUUUCAAAUAUAACAUUCGAAGAACAAUUAAGAGAAGAAAUAUGUCCAGAGGAAGAAAAACAUUUCAAAUGUGAAUACAUAGAAAGACAAAAGACAAGGGUUGCCAUGCAAGUGUUAAAAGUUGACAGUUUCAAAGAUGAACUUGAUAAAUUAAUGAGAGAAAGAUCAUUUCAUCGUACUCAGGAUGUCCUGAAAAAUAAAAAUAAUCUGGAAGCUGUAGCGGAAAAGCAAAACAAUGAUGAACACGAGGAAGGUGAGAAGGCAGCAAAAGUAACAGACCAUGAUAAGCUGGCAGCCCAAAGACAUAAAACGUCAUCUAAAUUUAAAAAACAGUAUGUGUUUUCAGAAGUCAUUGAAAAUUUGCACCAGGGACUCCCAUCAUCAGGUCCCAUAUCCAAUAUAAGCACUAUCGGCAAUUGUAGACAGGUGAAUAGGCACCAGAGUGAAAUAAAGAGUGUAAAUUCAGUUAGUACCUAUGAACCCUCAUUUGGUAAUGCCACCAAAACAAGGCAGGAUACUUCUUCAACACAUAAUGAAGGCCAAAUCCCUAAUAUGUCAAUGGAAAAGAAGAAGACUCUCAUGGAAGAACUCUUUGGUCCAAGCUGCAUCUUAAAAGACAGUCAUCAAAGCUUGAACGAGCUGAGCAAACAAAAAACCCCUCUGCAAAGUGAAAGAAUGUAUAAAAUCUCUUCUUAUCUCGAUGAAGGAUUGCACUGUGGCGAUUCCAAACAAACCCACAUAAAGGUUUUCCAUGCACCUGCCACUUUGGAAGACCUUAGAUAAUUCCUAUAUUUCUAGUGACUUGGAUGUUUUCUCUUUGAAAUAUACUCAGUAUUGUGUUGAAAAGCACUGUAUGACCUUUUGAAGCCUUUCUUCAAUCUAAUAUUCCUUCUAUGGUAAACUAAUCUGAUUUGUUCUUCUGAAGAGGCAGAAAAUUGCAAGGACACAUCCAUGAAAGGUGGUACCAAUUUAUACUUCACUAAACAUGUGUCAGCAUUAAAAAUGAAGUCAUUAUUCUAUGACUUCUACCAGAAAAGCGGUAGGAAAAAAACAGAAAAGGAUCUGGUGGUGAUAAAGUCAGGGAAGUCUUAUUUGCAGUUAUAAUCAUACACUGUAUAGUUUAUUUUGCCCAUUUAUAGCACUUUUAAGGUGUUUACCUGGAUAAGGUAUGAAAAUCCUUCCUAAGACUUGAUUAAUAUUGCUCUAAUUCAGCUGUCCUGAUUACAGAGAAAACUAGGAUUUUUCAAGAACAGUAUGGACAUAGAGCAAAAAACACUUCAGAAGUUUGAUUCUUCAUUCCAUAUAGCUACAACUUAAUGCUAAAAUUCUUGAUCCAGAUCAUCGACCUGUCGACUAAAAGGCAGUAAACCAAUUCUACUUUACCACCUCGCAAAUUCAGCAGUAUUUUAGGCAGACAUCAAACGUCAUCUAGCCACCAAUACAGGGUGUUGUGUUGAUUACAGCAAUUUCCACAGCUAGAAUUGUAACUGUGCACAUUGUUUUCUACAGCUGUGUUUGAAUGUAUUAAUAUAUAUGAGGUACAAACCAGACUUCAACCAUUUUUGAUAAUCUAAGCAUUAAUAAAUAUUAUGUUAC